GUGCCUGGCGCUCACACAUCUUAAACCGAUCGUAAACCCAGUUUCUCUGUAAACCGCGGCCGAGCGUGGCACGGAACUCGCAACAGUGAACGACCGAGACAAUCUUGCAACAACGUAGAAGGGGCAAAACUUUCUGACGUUCGACGAAAGACGAAAUUGCACCGAGGUUUUCUACACAGCUGAACGGAAACUCGUGAAACUUCGUUUAUGGAGAACUACACGUCGGACUCGAGCGACUCGGAUUCCGGCAGCAAGACACUGGAUCUGUCCUAUUUGAUGCUCGACCCUCAAUUACUGGACGAUCACUUCAUCAAUGCCAAGAAUCCGGAACAUGUGGACACGUUAUUACUUCAUCAGAAUCGGCUGACCAGUAUUCCACAGACGAUAGUCAGGUUCACGAACUUGAACUCGUUGGACGUAUCGAACUGUGGCCUUCAUCGGUUGCCCGACUUUUUCGAGGAUUGUCCUCUGACCUGCUUGGUAGCCAAACACAAUAACUUGACGAACGAUUCCUUACCGAAGAAUUUUCAAAAUCUGUCGAGGCUCAGAGAACUGAAUCUCAGCGGCAACAGGUUAACAGAUUUUCCGGAGCAGGUUUUUGACUUGACGGAUCUUAAGUACCUGUAUUUGGGUGGCAAUCAAAUCACCGAGAUCAGUAAAGACGUUUGGAAGCUGCAAAGAUUGCAAGUGUUGUCGAUGGGAGGCAACGGACUGACGGAAGUACCGUCUACCUUAGGCGAACUGAUGUCUCUCCAGGCGUUGGUAUUGUGCGAUAACAUGCUGGAAAGCCUACCUAGUUCCAUAGCAAAGUUGACCAACUUGAAAUCACUGCUGCUUCACAAAAACAGACUGAGGACACUGCCUACCGAGAUCAUCACGUUAAAAUGUCUGACGGAGUUAUCUUUGAGAGACAAUCCGUUGGUAGUGAGAUUCGUGUCGGACAUGACACACAAUCCUCCGUCUCUGCUGGAGUUGGCUGCCAGAGUUAUCAUGACUAACAACAUCCAGUAUGACGGGGAGAGUAUACCAAGAAACCUGGUGGAGUAUCUAAACAGCGGUCAUCGUUGCGUCAAUUCGAAGUGUAAAGGUGUGUUCUUCAACAACAGAGUGGAACACGUCAAGUUCGUCGAUUUCUGUGGCAAGUAUCGUCUACCUCUGCUGCAGUACCUUUGUAGCAGGAAGUGCAUAGAAUCACGAGACGGAGACGAAGUAGUCAGUGGCGCGAUGAUAAGGAAGGUUCUUCUGGGCUGAUCGAUAUUACUGGAAUUUUGUAUUAAUAUUACCGAAGGCUGUUACGUUUUUCGUUCAGAAGGCGUUAACGACUGAACUAUCGCGCUAUUCAUCGACGAAUUCUCUCUCCGUGCUCAAAUCAGAUCAAACACGAGUAUCAGGUUCAAGAGUCGAAGGCUAAAGCAUAGAGGUACGCAAAGCAAAUUUGACAUUGAAAUUUACGUUAAAAUCGAAAGUUGGAGAAAAGUCGAAGUUGGAAGUCGAAAUUUUGUUCGUCGACCGAGCGCUCGGGUCGAUUAAACGACAUUCUCUCGCUAAGAAUAAAAGGUCUUUCAAAGAUGACGAAUUGCCUUUGUAAAGUCUUAUAUGUAUGAGUCUGCUUACGCAUACAAAUUUGUCGUGUGCGUGAACAAAUAUUUCGUAAAAUAAAUAUUUCAUCGAGAUCGA